AUGUCAAUUAUUAGCGUCAAUCAAUCUUUACAACCUACUCAAAAUACUCAGUCUCCUUCUCAAGAAACUGAAUGGUCAUUCUAUUAUAGACCUAACAACGAUGUUCAAAUUUAUCUCAUUACUUAUAAAGUGAUAACCUUUAAUGAACUCAUAUCUCAAUUAUUAAUUAAUAACUUAUACCCAUCUAGUAACCGUCUUUGCUCAAACAAUCUUUUUGAAUUUUAUUUUCAACAUCCUAAUGAUCAAAGAAUUUAUAAAGUUGCCUGUGAAAUGAUUUCACACUCAAAUAUAGUUCAAUAUUUAAACUUAAAUAUUUUAGGUUUAAGACAAAGCGAACUGCAACAACAAUCACCCUUGGAUUUUUCUAAUAGACACAAAGAAAAUCUUGAGUUCCAUUUGAGACAAUUCCUUACCGAUAAUUUGGUCUCCAACAGUAUUGGUAGUUCUAAUUCGAAUAUGAUUAAUACUUUUCAACCAAAUACAACAGUUCAUCAACCUCAACAAGGAGGAAGUUCUUUUAAUUCCGGCCAGAAUUAA